AUGCCCACUGUCGAAGAAGUCGUCGAAGGGAAGGACUACAAUUUCCCAGCCGAGGAAGAAGCUAUCCUUCGUUUUUGGAAGGAAAACAAUACAUUCGAGGAGCAACUCAAACGUAGCGAAGGACGCCCUGAGUAUGUAUUUUAUGACGGCCCGCCGUUCGCGACGGGGCUGCCUCACUACGGCCACAUCCUUGCUGGUACAAUUAAAGACGUUGUCACCCGUUUUGCUUGCUCCACUGGCCACCAUGUCUCUCGACGAUUUGGUUGGGACUGCCACGGUCUUCCUGUUGAGCAUGAGAUUGACAAGAAGCUGGGAAUAACGGGCAAAGGCGAUGUCCUUAAACUGGGCAUAGACAAAUACAACGAGGAAUGUCGGAGUAUUGUUAUGCGCUACUCAAAGGAGUGGGAGAAAACGAUAUCACGCACAGGACGCUGGAUUGACUUCGAGAACGACUACAAGACUCUGGAUCCCAAGUUCAUGGAGUCUGUGUGGUGGGUUUUCAAGACACUGUGGGAGAAAGACCUAGUUUACAAGGGCUUCAAGGUCAUGCCAUAUUCGACAGCCUGCAACACACCUUUAUCCAAUUUUGAAGCUGGGCUUGACUACCGAGAUGUAUCCGAUCCUGCUGUGAUGGUUUCAUUCCCGAUUGUUGGAUGUAAUUUGGGGGCCUCUCUUGUUGCGUGGACAACUACACCUUGGACACUUCCCGCGAACUUGGCACUGUGUGUCAACCCAAACUUUAACUACGCAUAUGUGAAGAAUCCUGCAGGCAAGGUGUUUGUAGUUGCAGAUGCACGAUUGGGUUCGAUUCCCGGAGCCACUGUCAAGCAAAAAGGGAAUCAGAAUACGAUUCUUACAGAAGGAUGGGAAGUUUUGAAGAAAGUUAUCGGAUCUGAAAUGAAAGACAUUCGCUACGAACCCAUGUUUACUUUUUUUACUGAGCUAAUGCGUGAUACUGCUUUUAAAGUCUGCUGUGAUGAUUAUGUGACGGGUGACAGCGGUACUGGAGUUGUACAUCAAGCUCCUGCGUACGGCGAAGACGAUUAUCGCAUAUGCAUAUCGAAUGGAAUAAUUAUCAAAGGAGGCUUACUCCCUGACCCAGUUGAUGUUAAUGGGUGUUUUAUCCUUCCCGUGACUGUUCCAUUCUCAGGCAAGCAUGUAAAGACCGCAGACAAAGAUAUUAUAUCUGCAAUCAAGGACAAGGGCCGACUCAUAGAUAAUUCGCGAAUAGUACACUCGUACCCGUAUUGCUGGCGAUCACAUACUCCCCUUAUAUACAAAGCAGUGGCUUCGUACUUUGUCAAAGUCGAUAUAAUUAAAUCAAAGCUUGUUAAAAACAAUGAGAAAACACAUUGGGUUCCGUCUUAUGUUAAGGAGAAGCGUUUCCGAAACUGGCUUGAAAAUGCACAUGAUUGGGCCAUCAGUCGAAACCGCUACUGGGGAACUCCGAUCCCUGUAUGGUGUUCUCCUGAUGGCGAAGAAAUACGUGUCAUAGGGUCUAUUGCUGAACUUCAAGCAGCAACAGGCACCAAAAUUAGUGACAUUCACCGUCACCUCAUAGACCACCUCGAGAUACCUUCCUGCCGAGGACCAGAAUAUCCUCCUCUGAAACGCGUGGAAGAUGUGUUCGAUUGUUGGUUUGAGUCAGGCUCUAUGCCUUAUGCUCAACAUCAUUAUCCUUUUGAAAAUAAAACCAUUUUCGAGCGAGAUGUAUUCCCCGCUGACUUUAUUGCCGAGGGACUUGAUCAAACCCGCGGCUGGUUCUACACUCUUAUGGUGUUAUCUACUGCUCUAUUCGAUCGUCCCGCUUUUCGAAACUUGGUAUGCAACGGUCUUGUUCUCGCGGCAGAUGGCAAAAAAAUGUCGAAAAGUCUGAAGAACUAUCCGGAUCCAAACGAGGUUCUCAACCAAUACGGCGCCGAUGCCCUUCGCUUAUACUUGAUCAAUUCACCAGUGGUACGGGCCGAGCCCCUGCGUUUCAAAGAAACUGGGGUUUUUUCAGUCCUGAAAGAUAUCUUUCUUCCUUGGUACAAUGCCUAUCGAUUUUUUAUCCAGAAUGUCCGUAGAGUAGAAGAGACAAGUGGGCAUCAUUUCAAUCCAUUUAUUCUUGACCAAAAAGCUGUGAAUAUACUUGAUCGCUGGAUUGCUUCUGCAACAUCUUCGUUGGUGACCUUUGUGAAGACUGAGAUGUGUGCGUACAGGUUGUACACUGUGGUUCCCCGGCUUGUAUCAUUCAUUGGCCAACUCACCAAUAUCUAUGUUCGAUACAGUCGCUCUCGCCUCAAGGGGAAAUUUGGCGAAAUUGAAUCUCGUAAUGCACUUGCAACCCUAUUCGAAGUUCUCCUUGUUCUUUGCAAGACAAUGGCACCUUUCACGCCUUUUUUUGUUGAGAAACUGUAUCAGAACCUGCGACACUGUCUUCCAGAUCAAGGGGACAUGGAGCCUUCUAUCCAUUUUUGCAAAUUUCCUGAAGCUGCAGAGCAAGCCCACGACGCCAGAGUAGAAGCUUCUGUCAAUAGAAUUCAGACAGUAAUUGAGUUAGGCCGUCAUAUAAGGGAGCGAAAUAGUAGGCCUUUGAAGACUCCCCUGAAGCGCAUGACUGUUGCACACGUUGAUGGUAGGGUAGAGAUUUUUUUUUUCGAUCUCAGUGGAGAGCUACAGAGUUAUGUAUUCGAGGAGCUGAAUGUCCGCCAGCUUAAUGUUUGUGCGGAUCCGAUGCAGUACGCGACGAUUAAGGCAGAGCCGAAUUAUGGAGUGCUAGGAAAACGUCUCGGAAAGGCUAUGGGGCCAGUAUCUAAGGCUAUAAAAGACAUGUCCCAAGAUGACAUCCUCAAGUUUCAGAAGACUGGCUUACUUAAUUUGAUGGAACACUCUCUCGCUGCUGAAGAUAUCAUCAUUAAGCACGAGUUCCGCAUUCCUCAAGGAUGCAGUAAAGUUGAUAUCGAUGCAGAGCUAGGCGAAGAUGGUAUCAUAGUAGUGAUUGAGUUGGGCGUGGACCAGUUAUUGGUUGACGCUGGCUCAGCUCGAGAGUUUGUCAGUCGUGUGCAGAAAAUGCGCAAAAGCUGUGGACUUCGUACGUCAGACGAAGUUUCUAUUUUCUAUGAGCUGUCAGAGACUGUUGAUUCUGUGACGCAAGCUAGUUUUGCGCGCAUGCUCUUAAAGGAGCAAAGCUACUUCCAAGAAAGUAUAGGUUGCGUACCACAACCCACAAAAAUGAAGCCCGACAGAGCUGAAGUGAUUUUAAGUGAGACCUGCUCUCUUGCAGAUGGGGCACAGGUCAAUAUUACCUUGACUUGCCCCGUAAAUCUGCAAGACAUGGGAGCUCCGUUGUCGUGAUUGUUUAGGAGUGUACCUGUGCUUUCGUUGUCUGCUUUGCAUACCUGAUGAACAGCAGGCACAAGUCAUCUCGUGAGCUUGACUUGGUUCUCAGAUAAAAACGUAGAAAAAUGUUGUUUUUGUGACUCACGUUAAAAAAGAACCCACCC